AUGGCCGGAGCCGUGUCCUGCUCUGGCAGCCUCCGAGCUCAAGGUGUUCCAAAUGGGGAAGGAAGGCUCUGGCGGUGGCGCAAGUUCCUCUGCCAGCACCCUGCCUGCUCAGAGGGUUUUCAAGCCGUUUCCGCCACGUGGCUCAGGGCGUCGGGCGGCCGCAAUCACACCGUGUACGACCAGAAGAGCUCGUGGUCCCGUGUGGCGCGCGCCACGAACGGCUCCAACACCGACUUCACCAUCCUCAUCCGCGACGCCCGCCCCGACGACGCCGGCACCUACUACUGCGUGAAGGAGCGGCCGGGCACGGAGGAUCAGGUUGCCUGCUCGGGCGGUGGCACCACCGUGUCCGUGCACGUAACCCGGAGCAGGAGGAUGGACUGA